CACCCAUUCCAUGCAUCUAUCUGUAUAAGAGCUGGGUGAAAAUAUGAAACCAACAGUUAGUUCCCUUUAAGAAAGGGAAUGUUCAUUUUAAAAUCAGCAACUGUUCAGAUUUUACAUUCUGAUUAUACAUUCGGGUUAUUACACGUUUUGGCAGGUUUAACUGACCACAAAGCUUAGAUAUGCCUUUAAAUGUACAAGUUGACAGUGGGGGCUGUCAGGCUGUGGUUCUGCGUCUGGAUACUUUGUUUUGUGAUUGGGCUAUUAGUAGUAGUCAAACUCUCAUAGCAGGCUGUUUGGCCUUGUUCUCAGCAUGAGGAAUUGGCAAAGGACCACUCACUGAGAUAGAUCUUGUGUUGUGGGCUGGGAAGGGCUGUUAUUUCUUACUGAACACGAAAAAACAGAUUCAGAAGACGGCCAAAAAAAAGGGGGAAAAUGGAUUUUUCAUGUCUUAUAGGUUAAUAUGAUGACACAUGACCCAACCCUGAGUUCUAGAAACUUGCGCAGAUGUCAUACGGCAUUACAGACUAUUUGAUUCUUCCUUAGAGAAAGUCAAGCAAAAUGAUACAGGGUUUCUUGUAAAAUAAAUAGUAAAGUGCAAAUACCUGUUAUUUUAGUACAUUUUUACAGAAUAUAUAUUUUCCAAGUGCAUCUUUUGUUAUCAUUAAUUGCAUUCUGUGUAAGUACGUGUUCUUAUCAAACAUAAAACAGCCCGAACCAGCACACUGGAGCUGUGACUGAUCAUCACUUGGGUUAGCGCUGAGAUUAACAUCUUAAUGUUUUCAAUAAUUUAAAGCUGUAUAAAGUCGUCUGUCACAAUCUAUAAUUCCUUAAAGCCAGUAAAGCUUACAGUAGCUUGAGUGGUAAUAAGAAAAUCCACUCUCGCUGUAUACGGCGCUGCUCCUGUGGAGACAUUGAAGCAGUUCAUCUGAGCAGCAGCUAACAGGAGAUUCACACGUGCAUAAAUCCUCCCUCCUACACACACACACACCUUGUACACGUAUACACAUUAUUAGAGCUGUACUCUCUGACAGUUUCUCAGCACUGUUUAAGGUGAUUAUGGGCCUAAUGAGUAGGAGGGGUGCUACUUAGUAUAGGCUAAUUAGUGUGUAUUAUCACAGAUGUGGACUAAUGAGAGCAUGGGCUGAGUGUGCUGAUUCAGGCUUUAGACGUCUGUCAGGUUGUAGCCUGGUUCCGGAGUCUUUUUUUAAUGAUUCUGUGAAAGGAUUUUAGUGUGUAGUUGAUUUGGACUUGUCAGUACAGUGCAAUCCUCUUAGAUUCCAGUUUACAAUUAGAAACGAUUAUUCUGAGUGUGGUCAGAUGCCAAGAGACCUUUACAGGGAGUAAAAUAGAAAAUUCACAUACAUACACAAGCCUCCUACUCAAGUAGAGAGGAGUGAGAUGACCGUAUUCAUACAACCAUCAACAGGACAAUGACAAUAGAAUGUAUUAUGUAAAUAUAUACUAUAAAAUCAGAUAAUGUGUCACUAAUGGCAGAAAGCUGUUGAAAGUUUUAUGAAGACAAGCUACAACUCCUCCCUCCUUUUGAUUUGGUGCAAAUAACUUAUUCAUGACUCUUAAGGGUUGCAGUAUAAGUUGGACUACUUACUGUAUACUCCUACAUACAGUCCUAAAAUGUUAUAGCACUGUUGGUAGUUCAAAUUACAUGUAAUGUGAUCUGUGUGAUUAUCAGCUACAAAUGUCAACAAACACAACGUCUCUAUGUUGAUGACACAUCAAAUUAACAUACAGUGUUAAUGUUGUUAAUGUACAACAUAAAUUUACACAAAUAAUGGUACCAGUAAAUUAAAUAACUGGUUAAACUAAAUGUCAGUAGUCUCAAGCACGUGUUUCCUGUAGCUGUGAUUAUUCAGAUGAUUUUUUUCUGACCUUUGAGCCUUUUUUGAGCUUUGUCUCGGCCAUGUGCUGGGAUGUCUGAGGUGUCACUCCACUGUCUCGCUAUUGGGUUGAGCUCCAGGCUGUGGCCUUGUGUUGGCACAUUUUCACCACGCUUUUGUUAGGAAUAUGUAUUCAAUAAAUCAAAUUAAAGGGAGCAUUAUUGGCCAACAUGCCUUGGAGGAUGUGGGGGCUGAAAAAAAUUAAAACAACAUUUGUUGAGAUACAAAAUGGGAUUUGGUUAAUAAAACGGCUCGAUUGUUUCUGAAAUGUGUAGCAUUGUCAGUUUGAUAUGGAUAGAAGAAUGUUAUUAACUCUGGUAUAAAAAUAAAAGACAACCGACAACAGUAAUUGGAGUUGUGUUUGUCUAAUGUCAGUGAACACACGGAAAUAAAAAUGGUCACAAAGCUUCUAAAAGACUUGUUUUUUUCAGGGACUAACAUGGCAUUUUGUGAUCACAGGCGUUGCAGUCAAAGUCUAUACAGUAUGUGCCUCUGUAGUGAGCAGAUAGUGGGAAAAUCUGAGCAGUAACAUUAAAUGUCCCAACCUCUAUAGUGUUUGCAAUAUUUCCACUGGCUGCACUCAACCGUCUAGAGGCUGACCUGCACAGAAUCUGGACCCUCUUAAAAACACUAGCUCACUUUCUCUCUUUUCCAUGGCAACCGCAGACACUGCAUUCCAGAGGUGCUCGUGGGUUGCAACUUAAACAAGGGCUCAGUCUUAGUGGGGCAGCGGGUGAAAAUGGUCUUACACUGCCCCUCAUAGCAGCUCGCUAGUCUGUUUUAGCUUUUGCUCCUUCAUUUACCUGUGUCUGAUUUCUCAGUUACUCUGUGCCCAUUCGCAGACACACGUUCUAUCGUCUGUCUCACUGCCUUAUGAAAACACACACACCUCUACCUCUACCUCUAGGAUAACAAGGGAGUGUGUGUUUACACCGUCCUCCCCUCCAACAAAGCUCUGACUGUUCCCUGGUCUACUGGGCUCCUCUGGUACUCAUGGAUUUUCAACACACAAACACUCUCACAGCUCACAAGUCCUUCAUGUCAAUUACAGCAUUCUGGCAUUUAAGAUGGCAUAAAAGCUCCUAAGUUUUAAUAAACUGAGCAGGUGAAGUGCAUGUGUGAGACUACAAACACAGCAAACUGAGCUUCUUUCUGCCUGCGUUUCUCAUUUAAAUUUUUUGGAGCGGUUUAAUUUUUCUGAAGCCAAGGAGCCACUGGGGGAUGAAAACAUUUAAGUGAACGGCAUCAGCAAAUCAAGUUUCCUCCGAUUGGCAUGCAUCUCUAAUGAGCAUAAAAAAAAAGCAUUGCCCUUGGAGCUGUUGAGUCCUAACCAACGUUGGUCUGUCUGUCUCUGUAAUAGGCUGCCCUGCACUGUUCCCUCCAAUGUUUACGCUUCAUCUCCUCGCUGUCUUUAAAGACAUCUUAGCAGGGGAAGGCUAAGCCGGCGCACACACACACACACACACACACACACACACACACACACACAAGCUGAACAGUGAUCUUUCAACACACAUGUGCCAUCUAUUCAAAGCAUUUACUGUGUGUGUGUGUGUGUGUGUGUGUGUGUGUGUGUGUGUGUGUGUGUGUGUGUGUGUGUGUGUGUGUGUGUGUGUGUGUGUGUGUGUGUGUGUGUGUGUGUGUGUGUGUGUGUGUGUGUAUGUGUGUAUGUGUAUGUGUGUGUGUGUGUGUGUGUGUGUGUGUGUGUGUGUGUGUGUGUCGUCUGCAGCACAUUAUCGUCAGCGCGACCUCCUCCUGUCCUCCAUCAGGACAAACAUUCCAACCACAGGGGUCACCGUGACAACAGGGAGCCAAUUACACACCAGUGUGUUUGAUCAGAACAGACGGCUGAUGCACGCGCUCUUUCAGAUGCACGCGCGCAAACACAUUCAAACUCCGUUUGUUGGGAUCUGGAAAAGAGGCAGAAGAUGCUGGAUGAGAGGGCAUGGUGUGCAGGGGGGGCAAAGACGUUUGACAAGUAACACAGGACCCCAGUGCCCCUCUGUAGUGUGUGUGUGUGUGUGUGUGUGUGUGUGUGUGUGUGUGUGUGUGUGUGUGUGUGUGUGUGUGUGUGUGUGUGUGUGUGUGUGUGUGUGUGUGUGUGUGUGUGUGUGUGUGUCAGUAUUGUAUAGUCCAGCCCCUGGGGUCCUGUGGGUGGUGGCCCCUGUAUGUAGCUGUGCUGUCACAUCCCUUUACGAGCCUUCUCUUCUUGUGUCACCCAGACAGAAACGCAGAGAGACACACACACACGGCGCCUGGACUGCCAUGUCUCCUAAAAGCCAGGAAACACCAAUGUGGCAGCGUAUUAAUGUUGUAUGGCUUAUAGGGGCACAACACACGCACAGCCUCAGCUUAAGUGACGCUGCCCUUCACAUAGCAAAAACACUCAAGACAUUAAAAAACACCUGCAACAUUUCCUUGUAAUUUGCUUAGUGUGUUGUCACCUUCUGUUUUUACGACUAUACACAAAUGAUUAAAAUUCAAAAGUCAGACAAGCUCAUAACUUGCUGGAUUUUUACAAACCAGCAGGAUAGAAAGACUGUCAUCAGAAUUUGAAUAAUUAUCUCCUGGAUAAUUUAACAGCGCCAUGGGUUUAAAGUGUGAUCAUCGCUUUGUGUGCUCAUAACUGCAUUUUCAGCUCGGUGAUUGAAUUUUUUACACAAUGUACCCUUGGAGGUUAAAUUCUUCCUUUAUAGUGUUUCCAGUUUUAGACACUUUUUAUACUGUUUCGUAUGUCUGACCUUUUCUCCAAGGACCCGACAUUUUUUGCACUUGCCCAUUAUUUCUAUUAAUGUUUCUGCUGCUUCUCAAUGGAAAAUGAAUAAGACAGAAGAAUAACUUCACCCACCUCUAUAAACACUAUAGGCCUUGACUAAUAUGACUCACCUUUUGUUGUGAUGUUUCCAAUGGGGAUUGAUUUUUAAAGUUGAAGUCAUUUUCUAAGAAAUAUCGGCCUGAAAGAACUUUAAAUCUGUAGCUGUUGGAAAAGACUGUUCUUCUGCACAAACAGAUUAACACACACGAUCUUUGCAGCAUGUAUAGGGAAAAGUAGCUUGACACACUGAAGAAUGAAUAUGAAUUAUUUGGGCAGUAACCUGUAUUCUCAGCAGAGCUCUUCUUUUUUUAGUUCCUCAGUCAGGUGAGCCAAAAAGUUAAUUUCGGACACUGCACAGAUGCCUCGCUGUGCACGGGGCCCUCUGUGGGACCGAAAGCGCUGACACAUACCAAAGCGAUCUAUCAGUGUGCCCGCUACUCACACUGGCUCACCUCAGAGGGGAAAGGAGCUGCGAUCAUACUGUCUUACUUCCCUCAAUCCCCUCACUCACGCUUCAUUCAGUAGCAGUCAGUAUCUCUGCCUCCUCGCCUAGCUCAUGGUUCCUCUCUCCUCCUCUGGCACCCUCAUAAAUGAAUCAUCACAUCGCCCAGCAGAGCAGAAAUGUUCCUUAAUUGCACCGACAUAAGCAGUGCUGUCUUUCAAAUCAAACACACACGCGGGUGAUGGGAGAUGGGCUGCUGCUGGUGUGUGUGUGUGGGGACACACAACGUUCCAGCUCAUGUGUCUAGCUGGUACAUACGCUGUCAAUGCAGCUUAGUGUUAAAAGUGUGUGUCCAUGUCUUCCAUCCACUCAUUGUUUUCCUCCUCUCUCAUGUUCUCCUGGUGUAAUGAUCAGACGCUGCUGUGUGGAAUUAGGAUCUUCCCCCCACCCCCAGCCUCCACCUCCCACUCCCGCUCAAUCUCUCACACUGGCCCUCUGGCUGACAGGCAUCUCGUUAGUGCAGUAUGUCUGUCAGUGAGGUUUGAGAUUGAGCUGUGCCCCCGCAUAUCCCUGAUGUCUUUCUCUCACACACACACAUUUUCAGUCGCAAGCUGAGCUCACGACGGCACUGAACCAUCUCUCUGGCCUCGAUAAUGAUCUGAUGUCCUGUACUUUUAAAAUGCCUCUCUAAUGGAAGCGUUAUUUUUGUCCUACACAACAAAGAAGGUCAUUUUGUUUCACACCAUAUCUCCCUUGUUCCCUUCCUUUCUUUCUC